UCUCACUGUGUCUCGAUAAAAGCCGACCGGUCCUUAAGUUUGUUUCCCUCCCUUUUCACACAUUAUUGUUGUUGGCGCUCCACAUUUCGGCGUCUCUCGCUCGCUCGCUCUUGAUCGCAGCUCCUUUCUCUUCGGGGUUUAUAUUGCACACCAAAUGUCUUUAGAUCUCUACAAGACAAAAUCAUCAUUACUUAGGUGUGUUUUUGGGUUUAUGAACCGGGGGAGGCUGUGGUGUUCGUGGAAGUUCUUAUUCAGGCAUUGGACUUGACCAUUCAGCUGUUUGUUUUUCUUUUGACACAAGUGUGUCAUUCUCACUGCUUUCAACUUUUAGAUUCAUUGUUUGUGCGAAAGACAAAAGGUGUUAGUGUAUUAGAUUUUGCUACCUGCCUGGUAAGUGCUCUUCUUCAGGCACCAUUGGUUGCUGCUCCUGAAGGAUCACACAGUGCAUUGUGAUUUGGGUUUUUUUUGUUUUUUUUCUCUCUUGCUUUGACAUUCUCUUGGAUUUUCUCGAUGGGGAAAAAAAGUUCAUUGCCUCCUGGCUUUAGGUUCCAUCCAACUGAUGUGGAACUGGUUAAAUAUUAUCUGAAGAGAAAAGUGCUGGGGAAGAAACUCCAUUUUCAAGCAAUUGCAGAGGUUGAGAUUUAUAAAUAUGCUCCAUGGGAUCUUCCAGGUAAAUCUUGCUUGAGAACUGGGGAUCUAAAAUGGUACUUCUUUUGCCCUACAGAAAAGAAGUAUGCUAGUGGGGUAAGAAUGAAGCGUUCCACUGAUAUUGGGUAUUGGAAAACCACUGGCAAGGAUAGAUCUAUUCAGUACAAAAACGAAGUUGUGGGGAUGAUAAAAACUUUGGUUUUUCAUACUGGUAGGGCACCUAAGGGGGACCGAACAGACUGGGUCAUGUAUGAAUAUAGACUUGAAGAAAUAGAGUUGGCUGACAAAGGAAUUGCUCAGGAUGGUUAUGUACUCUGUGUGAUAUUCAAGAAGGGACCUGGCCCAAAAAAUGGUGCACAAUAUGGAGAACCGUUUAAGGAGGAAGAAUGGGAUGAUGAUGAUGAUGAUGAUGAGGUGGAGGAAGUGAAUUUCCAUAAAGCUAUUUUGCCUGCUGCCAUGCAUACAGCAUUUAUGUUGCCAAAGAACGCAAACAUGUCUAUUGCAAUGAGCUCAUAUGUGCCAGAGAGCACAUGCACUGGACUGCCUGUCUCAUGUCCUUCCCAAACUCCAGCUUGCACAACCCUUCCUAUGGUUUCUAGCAAUGAUGUUGCUUCCACAGAAGAUCAUCAGGUUGUGCAUGAGUAUGUGAAUGGUGGUGAAGCUGAUUCUUCUGCUGGCAUUUCAGCAACAGCUUAUCAACAACCAAGUAACCCAAAAGGUUCCAUCCUAGCAAGCUCUAGCUCAUAUGUGCCAGAAAUUAUGUGCUACCCUGCUUACAUUCCUAGCAUGGAUGCAUCUCAAGUGGAAGCUCCUCAAAUCAUGGAUAACAGUGGUGAUCUUCUUUCGCCACUGGCUAUCCUCGACAAUGACAAUACUGAGAAUGUUUACUUUGGUGGGAUUGCUGAGCCAGAGACUGACAUAUAUCAGAACUUGGGAGACAUUGCCUCUUCGGGAAGUGGGGAUUAUAUAUCCAACUCCCAGUAUUUGAUGGAUCCAACGCGCCUAGACAGUAAUGUGGGCUUUUUGGAGCUGAUGGAUCUAGACACCCCACUCUAUCAUAGUUAAUAAAAAUGUAAAUUAUGUAAUGUCUACUCUUUUUUUCCAAAAAAAUGUUCACCGAGUUCAAUAGAGUAUUGAUCCAUUAAUUCAUACUUGUAUGACAUGAAUUGGUUUUAAAUCAUACUGUAAGUGAUUAUUUUAAAUCUGUGCCGAUUUGAUGAAAUCUAAAUUUGAUUAUUCUCUAGAA